GUUUUGCUCAUCCUUAUCUUCUUCUUCUCCCCGAUGCUCUGCCCCCCGACCCCCUGCACCCGAGAAGCCCCCCAACUACCGCCACCCAUUUCCGGCCGGAAAUCCAGCAAAGCUUGGGGGUUUUCUCCUUCUUUUCUUGUUCUUGAACCCAGAAAUCCCCCCUCCUUGCUGGAAAUUCCAGAUCUGCGCUGUCUUCUCCCCUCUGUCCGUCGGCCUCUGCUUGUGUGGGUUUGAAUUUCUGGGCCUUUUUCGGUAAGCCACAGCCAUAAACUUCACCUUUUCAACUUUAAUUUGGCUUGGGUUUACCUUGAAUUGUGUUUUGGUUUUUGGAUUGGGUAGCCGCGAGUUCCCCUGCAGAAUUUCUUCUUCUCUGCCGCCGGCUUCUUCUUCCCCUGCUAGCUCCGGUUCUUGCCGGAAAAUUCUGGUAAGUUGCCGGCUCUUCCAAGUCCAAUUUAUCCAUGUAAUUGUUGCUUUGUGUUGAGUGGAUUUUCUGCUUUUGAAUUGCCCUUUUUGCUGUCCGAAAAUGGAAGAAACUUAGGUGAAAUUGUGCUGGAAGGUGGGAUGAAUUUUGGUAGCUUUGAGCUAUGUUUUUAAGUGUGGUUUAAGUGUAAAUUAGCUUGGAAUUGGGUUGUUGUGAAUUUAUAGAGAAAAUCCCGUGAGAUUAGCUAGUGUCUUGCCCAAAUUUUUGAAGUUUCCGUCACUGUUCACUGCGGAUCACUGUUCACGGGUACUGUUCACGGGUACUGUUCACACACCGAGGGUCAAUAAUUAACGGGGAUUUGAAUGAUUAGUUUGUGAUAUAAGAAUGAAUUUGGAGAUGUCCGAUUAGGUGAAGAUUGAUAGAAAUAGCACUGUGAUUGGGGGUAGUGUUGAUGAUGAUUUCAGUUUGAAUUUAUGGUAGUGCGAUAUUAAUUCUUGGAAUAUUGUGAUUAGGUUUUGAUCGUUCUGUCACCGUAGCACUUGGGUUAGCCUUCUGUUCUG